AUGUUCUUUUCGUGGGUUCCUCGGGGCAGUUCUCGACAUUGGCGGACUUUCUCGUCUGAGGACAUCUACGGAAAAGGCGGGAAAGAAGGAAAAGGCGAAGGCUCCGCUGUUCAUGCCUUGCUUUUCGUCUGUCAAUCUCACAUAGAAGAGAAGGCUGAGAAGCCAGAGGAGAAGGAGAAGGAGCUCACGCCCGAAGAGAAAGAAAAGCUUCGCAAGGACAAGCUCAAGAAGGUCAUCAAGGAAGGUGGAAAGCGAGGAGUUGAGAUUGAGGGUGCAGCGGACAUGGGUGGGCUGCAGUUCUUCUGCACCGCUGUAGAUCUGCCCGAUGGAGACCUCGACCUCCUGAUGACUUCGAUGGAAGCCAUGAACGCCAAGAGCGAUCCUGGUGAGGAGGAGCGAAAGGGCGGAUCAGGUCACAUUGGUAAGAUGAUCUUCUCCGUUGGAGUGGAGCAGCUGGCUGUUUGUGCCUAUGUCCCGGAAGCGAAGAAGGCGGAGCUCAACUGCAAAGAGUGGCUGGAGACCGUCCUGAAAACCCAAGGGGGCGAGGUUGUGACCACAAGUGACACCAUCUGCACCGGAAAGGUUAACACGAAUGCUGACAAGGGCGUCUUCCCGUUGAAGAUUCGGGAGCCCAUGAUCCUGGAAGCGAACAACUUCCUCAGGAAGAAGGGCCUGUUCCCGGAUGCCGACGACGACGAUGAUGAUGAGUGCGUCCGGCCCACGGAGGAGCGCAGCAACCAAGCAGGCCAGGAACUUGGCUUCGGCUACUCUCGGCGCCCGGUUAGCGCGGCCGCGCAUGCUGCCGGAGAGGCUGAGGAAGCCACCCUUCCGCUUCUUGUUCGACGCCGCAGCAGAGGUCGCCCGGCAAACGAGCUUUGGCGCUGCAGAGCUCUUUGGGGGCGACCCGGGGCCAAAGCCGGUUGGAUAGCAGUGGUGGCAGGAGCAUUGCCGGAACAGGCAGAAGCUCUUUCACAAGUUUCUGCCGUGGAUGUGGUGUGCGGCGCCAACCCGGACAAGACGAACUUUGUCUUGCAAUGCCUAGCAGCAGCAGCUUUCCCGGAGGUAGCUGAGGCUGGCCCUCCAGAGGUACCUCCCGAGGAAGCCGCCUCUGGUCCUCCUCAAGUGCCUGCUGCUCCAGCCGAGAAGCCCGCGGAGGAGAACCCACCACCUCCCGUGCCCCAGGCGCCUCCUCCAGCCGAAGCAGGCCCUGUUUCAGAGGUUCGUGUUCAGCUACCUGGUGAAGUGCCGCUUGAGGCCACACCACUUUCUCCGGAAGAGGAGGCCGAACGACGGGAGAAGGCCCAGCAGGAAGCAAUGACUGCAAUGCGGGCAGCCGCCGAGCAGGCACCGGACGUUCUGGCGGCGAUUGCAGCUGCGGACAAGGCGGCAGCAGCGGCCAAAGCUGCCGAGGAAGAGCUGGUUCGGAUGAAGGCUCAGAAAGCGUCGUCAACGCCAGCAGAGGGGGGCGAGGCGUCACCUGUGCCUGACAUCGACUUUGACAGCGCCUUUCAUGAGCUCGGAAACCUGCAGCAGGAGUUCGAGCGCACGGCGAUUGCCUGGAACAGUAGAGACCCGCCACCGCCACCGGCGAUGGACUCCGACGAUUCGGGGUCAGAAGAAGAUCUGGUUCCCGCUCCGCCACCCGGUGUCGGCGAGGCCCAGGACGACGAUCAGGAGCACCGCUUCGCAUCCACGGCGAUGCUCUUCAAUGCCAAGGAGCGCGUUCACAAGGUGAACGAAGAGCUCACCCGUGCGCAAGAUUUGCUUGCCAGCAUCGAAGAUGCUUUAGAUCAGAAGGACGCAGAGAUCCAGCAGUGGAAGGACCUUGAGGAUCAGCGCCGAGACGCGGAAGUCGUGGCUGCCGAUGCAAAGGCCAGGGCGGAGGAAGCCGAAGCGGAGCAGUGUCGCCUUGAGAAAGCAGCAAGAAAGGCCAAAAGAAAAGCAGCCAAGCAAGCAGAGAAGGAGCGCAUGGCCCAGGAGGCCAAGGAGACAGCGCCAGAGGCACCCCAGGCGCCAGCGGUGCUCUAUCCGGUGAGCAAGACUUCUCAGCUGCAGGGGGCUCGACUCGUCAGCUGUGUCGGUGGAGAACCAGUUGAGGAUGACAAGUACGAGUGGGACGGAGAUGAAGCUAGCGGCAAGCCGGUUGAGGAGGAAGAAGAGGUGGUGCCUGCACCACCGCCGCCUAGGGCUGACGGAAUGGAUGCCUGCUUCAGUGAUGAUAUCUUGGGCCCUGCGGAAGCAUCCCUGGAACCAUCCGCCUGCGGAGCACCAGCCCACCUUGACGAGGGCCAGCUUUUCGAGCAGAUCAAAGUGGAGAUGUGCGACACCUUUGUCUCAUAUCUCUGUGCGUCUCUGCCGACGUCUUUGCUGAAGAAGUACUCCGCAAGCGAACUUGUUGGGUGCCUCCAGAUCUUGCUCCAGGAGCUCCGAAGUAUCCUCAGUGAGAAGGAGCUUGAGGAUCUUCUGGAAGAGGAACCCAGCAGUGUCGCAGAGGAGUUGCGGAAAGGCUCUCCGCUGGGUUGGCUGGCUUACCUGCAAAGCAUCAGCCCGCAGACGUUGUCUUCUCGCUUUGAUGUGUCAGAGUUGGUGGACACCCUGCAGGCCCUAUGCCAGACGGCUUUCGACCGCCUGGUGGAUGAGCUGGGGCCCAUGCAGAGGUGGGUGUCCGCGAACAGCCGCCUCUAUGUGGCCCCAAUACCGGCUCCACCACCAGCCCCUGCGGAUGCCGCUGCCGAGCGGCCCAUGACGGCAGCUGGUCAGGCUUCGGCUAGCAGGCCCUCGGCCCCGCAAGCUGAGACCUGGAGUGCCGAUCUGCAUGAUGCACCGCGGCAGGCACCUCCGCGUUCGCCCGUGCCUGCAUCCAACGACAUGCUGUCAACGGCGCCCGUUGGCAGGCCGCCUCCGAGCAGAUCUGGGCAAGCACCGGUCUUCAACGCAACCUUGGGCCCUGCCCCCUGGGAGAUGGCCAAUGGAGGGGCUGCACCUGCCACAGCGGCUCCGCGUAUGGCGACCGGUUCGCGUCUGGGUACUGGUGGUCGACCGGCCACGCAAGUGAGCGCGGCAAAAGCGCUGCUGUCCCGCUGA